GAAGAUGCUGAAAUGGCAUUUUUUAUGCUUCACAUGAAAGUUUCAUUUCACUAUGAACUGAGAAACAAGACACGAUAAAAAAAAAGAAAAAAAGAUCCCUACUCGAAAACUGAUGCCUUCGAGCUCCAUUGAAAUUCGCAGCUUAACUCAAAGACAAUCCAAACCCUAUGAAGCAAUUAUUAUAGGGGGUGUAUGUAAAUAUUUGAACCUGUACGUAUAAUUCUGACCAUAAGUGGAGUAGAGAAAAUUCACAAUAAAUUAAACUCUAGAUCCUGUUUCUGCAAAGUAAAUAAUUUUGAUAAAAGUGCCAAACUUACUCAUGCCGAUGGUGAUUAUAUGUAAACCUGCAGUUAGCAUUAUGGAGGUGUAGAGAGUGUGAGGGGUUGGGGGUGGCGCACAUGCGAUUAGCCUGGAGUUGAUCCCCUGGGAGCAGAUGGUGAAUGGUGGCUUACCUACAUGCUCUGAGUCCCAAGAGUUAACAGGAGUCUGCAGUCACAUUGGAAGAUACAAUGCUAGGCUUUAAAGAAGUCUGAGGACCGUGUCUCAUGAAAGAAGAAAGGUAAGCAAUGUUCCCAUAUUUAAGUAGAACAUACAUAAGUUUACUUAAUAGUGGUAGCUACAUUUGGUAGCUUUAGACAAGACCAUAUAGUUUCUCAUCUUUUCUUCAAAUCAGUAGAAUAUUUCAGAGAGUGAUCAAUUCAUUGGUGUCUUAUCUUCUCUGUUCUGCUGAAGUUCUCCAGCAAACACACGUUUGGUUUUAGCUUCCUCCUGGUAGACUUGUGUUAAUCAACCACCUCAUCUUACAGACUGGGAUCACAUCAGACGUGAUGUUGCUGAGCAGUGCUGCUGUUUGGCUGCUGCUCUGUGUUCAGUGCCUGCAUGGCUCUGCCCUCCCUGCCAUGUCCUCCUAUGAGUUCACCGCCUACAGGAUGCAGCAGUACAACCUGGCGCAACAAAAAUAUGGUUGCCGCGGAGCCAUAGUUGUGGCAGAGGCGCGCUCUGCCGACGAACCGUCGCUGACCCGCCGUUGUGUCAUCAUGAAGGUUCAGGACUUCACUGUGGAGAAAUACUUUGAAGCCCUGAGACAGAAUGCUGCUGCUGUGCUGAUCCUACUGCCUCAAAAUAUCUCCGGCCUUCCGCACGAGACAAUAAAGUCCUUCAUGGUGAGUGAGAACGAGGCCUUGCAGAAAGAAACUCUUACUCCAGUCUACGUUGUUCCUGAGGAUGAACAGUUGCUUUACAUGUAUGAGGAGGUGAGGCAGGCUGCAGCUUCACGGACCUCAUCCAUGUUUGUCAGAGUUCUUCGAAGUAUGGUCACUGCUACAGCCUUCCAGAUCUUAGUGAGCAACAACAACGCCAUUAAGGCCAUCACUGACAACACCAUAACCACACUGGAGGGUGUGCUCCCUGGAACCGGAGAGGAUGCUCCCACCAUCAUCAUCACCGCCCACUAUGACUCAUACGGACUCGCUCCGUGGCUGUCAUAUGGAGCAGACUCUAAUGGCAGCGGAGUCACCAUUCUGCUGGAGCUGGCACGUCUUUUCCAGAAACUUUACGGCACCUCCGGUACCAGACCACAAUAUAAUUUAAUGUUUUCCUUGACCGGAGGAGGAAAAUACAACUUCCUCGGCACGAAGAGAUGGAUUGAGGAGAAUCUUGAUCACGCCGAGUCCAGCCUGCUUCACGACAACGUGGCAUUUGUCCUGUGCUUGGACUCGCUGGCCAAAGGUGAUGAACUAUACAUGCACGUUUCUCGCCCACCGAAGCCCGACGCUCCUCUGUACUCCUUCAUUGAGCAGCUGGAGGAGGUGGUUUCCUCCAGGUUCCCCUGGGUGAAGGUGGGAUUGGUGCACAAGAAGAUCAAUCUUGUUGAGUCAACGGUGGCCUGGGAGCACGAGCGCUACAGCCUACGGAGGAUCCAGGGCUUCACUCUGUCUCACGUGGAAGAUCCCAAGUCUGAACUUCGUGGGUCUAUGCUAGAUACAAUGUCCCAAGUCGAUUUUAGGAAACUUAAGCGAAACGGCAUUAUCAUAGCUGAAGCUCUGGCCCGGUACAUGUACAAUCUCUCAGACAAGGGUUCACCAAAGGAUAUUCAAGUUUUUAAGGGUCAGCUGGACUUUCAGGACAGCCGCAUGUCCAGUAUGAUGUCCUUUUUGACCUCUGUGCCCCGGGCUGCCCAGCUGCUGCACAAGGAACCCGGUCAGAUCCUACUGGUCAACUCACUGGAGUACGAGUUCAAGCACUACCUGCAGCAGGUCCAUAGACACACCUUUCGACAGGACAAGAGGGACCCUGAGAUCACCUUUUUUGAUCAAAUGAACCAACCAAUUGUCAUGUACAGGGUGAAGCCAGCAGCGUUUGAUCUGUUCCUAGGAGGAUGCAUCACUGCAUAUUUGGGGAUUGUUUACUAUUCAAUCCAGAAUUUCGGGCAUCUGUACGCUAGACUCAAAGCUGCAGUGAAAACCAAGCAUCAGUGACAGCUUCCAGGAUCCAGGCUUUACGGCUUCCUAAGCUCAUGACAGACGUCUGCUUCACAGAACAUUAAAGCAAUCCAGCGCUAAGUUUCCCACAGUAAGACAGGAAGUGUGCAUUUGCUUUGUGCUCUGUCAGAUGUUCAAAGAUGUGUACGUUCCUUAGAAAGGAGAGUCGUAAAAAAGACGCAAAUCAAGAAAUAAAAGUGUUCUGUUGUCAAUCCUGCCGACGGUGUGAAUAACUGGGACCUGUUGCCCAAUCGAUGAAAUGCAUUUUCUCUCACAUUACUAUGAUCACUCGACACGACGUGUGUGUGUGGCUGAGCUUCGACGCAGCUCCCAGGCGAGGUUCAGCCACUGCAAUGGACGCUCAGCCAGUUCCUGUCACAGAUAACUCAGUAAGAUUGCCACAGACACAAUGGCCCCCGCAGCGCUCCACGAAUUAUUAAUGCUUGUGUGACGUGCUGACAGUCAUUGAUUGUGGUAGAGUCUAUGAAUUCUGCAGGGUUUUUUUUUUCCUUCUUUUUAGUUCUGCAGUUCUGUUCAGACCUGUGAAACUUAAAAGCAGCGGAACGGCUGUCGGUGUACGAAAUGAGGGCUGUGUUGUUGAUUGGGGCCCUCAGAGCUAUGGAAGCAGGUCAAGGGCAUUGACCCCAGGUAUGCGAGUCUCUGCAGGGGGCUUAAAGCUCAGGGAGAUUAGUGAGUGCUCAGGUGGCACACAGAGAGUUGUUCUGCUUCAGCAGGGAUGAUCUUAACCUGUCCAAAACGGACGAGAUUCUUCACAACAGCAACAGGCCAAAGCAGUCGUUUGAUCUGUUUUAAAUCUGCAGAGGAUAGAUGGUGUAUUGAUGCAAAAUAAAAAAAAAUAAACAGGUGUUGUGGCACCUUAGAUUCAGAGUAAGUGACAUACAGCAGUGAAAAAAGAUUAAAUGCAUACUGCUACAGCACUUAUGUAAUCUUCCCAGAAGUAAAAAAAUAGAAGCAGGGGAGGUGUUGGGGAACCGAUAUAGGUAAGGGGCGGAGCUUACAGGAUACUGCAUGACUUUCAGGAAAACUGGAGGUAAGGUGUGGAUAAACAGUGAGACGGUUUCUGAAGAUGGGUCCCCAGCUCUACCUCACAAUGUACAAGGCGCAUUUCAGAUCUCCAGGCAGAGCAAAAAGAGCUGAACUUCGACCCACCUCAGCCCACCGCAGGAACAACCCUCAGCCACGGCCGGACUUCUUGUUUCCCCGCAGUGUUCGGUCAAGCUACAGACCAACGCGCACGCUACUCCACCCUUCGCCCCCUGUGGACACCGGCCGGCCCCUUUUCCCCCCUGUGAACCAUUUCUCAGCUCACAAUCCUGUCUCAGCUUUUCCUGAAAACCCUUUAGGCAAAACAAAUUCAGACAGCCCACAUCACAUGCCUCCUAUCAAGGCCCACAAACUCCAGCAGAUAGAGACUCCUGCUGCGAGUGACGGUCAAGUUCCCACCACUCUGAGGAGCCCUAAUAAGACAGCAGAUUAUCAGAGGAAUGUCAAUCCACUCUCAGCACGACAACUCAGGCAAGUAAACAACCUUUGAACUGAAGUGAUACCAUUUAAGACAUAGAGUUCCUUGCAUAUUUGUACUUUUUCAUUACAUUGCUUCCACAAACAGCAGAGUAUUAUGAUGGGAUUACCAACACAAAGUAGAGUAUAAUCGUGAAGUGAAAAUAAAUUUUGUUACAAAUAAAAAUCUAAACUAAAUCAUUAGAACUCUGCCUGUUUGUUCGCUAUAAUGGUCUCUCAGGUCUUCACACUAUGUGAUUAAAUUACACAAUUAGAGUCUGUUUACCAAUCCUGUGACUUCUGUGGACAAUUUAUUGCAUUGGAUUUUUGUAAAAGUGUAAAUACAAACACACACCACACUGCUCAUAUUGUUCUGCUCUAAAAUUUAGAGAAAAUCAUGUCGAAUGUCCCUUCCACUUUGCAAGUGUCAACUAUUUUGUUUUGGACGAUAAAAAACCCCAACACACACAC